CGGAAAUGUGCGACGGUGUGCGGGAAGGGGGGAGCCUCAUGCUGCAGCCCGGGGGGUGAAGCAGAGCCGCGCGGACGGGCUGCCUGCAGACCUUCGGGAUGCCGGAUGUUCCGGCUCUUUCUUGACCUGACAUCUCACCAAAAGACUCCUCCAUUAUGAUCGCCGCUCCAGUGAACUCCGUUCACCUCAAGUAUGUGUCUCUUGGGGUGCUGGUGCUGCAGACCACCUCGCUGGUUCUUACCAUGCGCUACUCCCGCACCCUGAAGGAGGACGGCCCCCGCUACCUGGCCUCAUCUGCUGUCGUUUCAGCAGAGGUGCUGAAGAUGUUCGCCUGCAGCGUCCUGGUGCUCAUGGAGAACAAUUUCAGUUUGCAGGAAAUGAAACAGCUGAUGAAGGAGCAGGUGGUGAAGAAGCCCAUGGAGACCUUGAAGCUGGCCGUGCCUGCAGGGAUCUACACCCUGCAGAACAAUCUGCUCUAUGUUGCCUUAUCCAACCUGGAUGCAGCCACCUAUCAGGUCACAUAUCAGCUGAAGAUCCUCACCACGGCACUCUUCUCCGUCUCCAUGCUGGGGAGGCGGCUCAGCCUCUUCCAGUGGCUGUCCCUGCUGCUGCUCAUGGCUGGAGUCACUCUGGUGCAGUGGCCCACAGAUUCUGAGGGGAACGCAGAGGAGCAGAAGGUCCUGACUGCAGGCUCUCGGUUUGUGGGCGUCAUGGCUGUGCUGAUGGCCUGUAUCUCCAGUGGUUUUGCUGGAGUUUACUUUGAGAAGAUCCUAAAGGAGACGAAGCAGAGCGUGUGGGUUCGUAACAUCCAGCUGGGUUUGUUCAGCUUUGUGUUCGGCUUCGUGGGCAUGAUGGUGUAUGACGGCCGCGGCGUCUGGCAGGCAGGGAUGUUUCAAGGCUACAACUUUGUCACCUGGGUUGUGGUUGUCCUGCAGGCAGUGGGCGGGCUGGUCGUUGCCGUGGUGAUAAAAUAUGCUGACAACAUCCUCAAAGGAUUCGCCACCUCUCUGUCAAUAAUUGCAUCCACGCUUAUUUCCUAUUUCCUGCUGGAGGACUUUAACCCUACAAGGAUUUUUUUCCUGGGCGCGCUGCUGGUCAUUUCUGCCACGUUUCUUUACGGCUGCGAGAGAAAACCUGCCAGCGUCGUCGCCAUCAAAGCAUGAGCUGAGGGAACUUCCCCGUGCACACUCCGGAGGAGGACUCCGGCACCAGGAAAUUUCAGGAAAAGUUGAAACGGCUGCAGGGAGUGAAAGAGCCUCUGUGCUGUCCUGAGAGGAAAACAGCAGCCUGAAGUAGUCAUAGAGGAACGUGGAUUUGACAUUUGAAAUAUGGACGAGCGCACGGCAGAGCUGAGCUGUGAGUCCACAACUCUGUAGGACAACGAACGCACGGAGAAACGGGAAGUCUAAACUGGUUUUGGCAGGUCUUUGUGUUUAUUUAAAAGGAAACUUGGAAUGAGAGAAAUAUAUGAAGGGGGGGGGGGGGGGGGUUGCACAGGUCAUGCUGACAAUGUCAGAAAGAAGAGUGCAGCUUCCAUCUAGUGGUGGAACGGGGAGCAGGACGGAUGCAAGGAGGGGGGGGGGGGCUACUUUGAUACACAAUCUGUUGGUUUUUUAAUUGAAAUAUAAGAUCAAAACGGCCUGAAUGUGAUGCUGGGACCUUGCUGCUCUUUGAUCUGUUUGUUUGUCUCCAAAGACUAUUUUCAUAGUAUUUAUAUGCUAAAUAAAACUCUUUUAUAAAUGAG